AUGGGACUAGUUCUGAACACGAGUAAAUGUGGAAGUUAUUCGAGAACAGACGGUGAAGAUGAAGACAAUGCUCCCUUUCUCCCUCAAAUCCGUGAAGGGUACAAAUAUCUUGGAUUGAUACAACUCGAGCGUGAUACUACUCAGAAUUGCGACAACAUUGAGGAGAAGAUCUUAAGGGAAACAGAGAAAAUAUUCCGCUCCGACCUCACGAUACCACAAAAGGUCCACCUAUUCAACACUUCUACAAUACCCAGUGCUAUAUAUGUGUUCGGUAACAUCUUUCCAGAAGAAAAAAGGAGUACAACACUGAAAAAGUGCAGAGACCUGGAUAAACAUAUAAGAAAGAUCCUCACAAUAGAGAACCACAAGGGAAGAACAACAUCAAAUGCCCACAUCUAUCUACCAACCAGUAGGGGGGGUAUGGCCCUGAAGUCCAUCGAGCUGGAGACGGAAAUACAACUAGUCCGAAGAGGUAUAUACCUCAAAUCACGCAGUGAUUUGCCAGAAACGAGGAAAAGAUACGAGGAACUGAAGGUGGCAGGGUGGAGAAACCCAAUCAGCGACCACGAUUUCGUAAUGAACAAGUACAAAUGCCCAACACUGGAUUACCAACAGGAAAACAUCGGACAAAACUGCAAAAUCGUGAAAGAACAUAUCUACAAAAAAUACCAGGAAGAACUAGAAGCUGAAUGGACACGAGACAUGCAUUAUGGGAGAGUGAUCCUCAAGGAAGAAAAAAUCAUUGAGUUCCCAGCAUACACAUCCCCACUAAUGGACCACUGGCGUUUCUCCCUACUACAUUCUGCUGCAGAGGAACAGAUCCACGGCCUCGGAGGAACAGCGGGAAGAUCCAGAAAGUGCAGAAGAUGCAACACAACAACGGAAACGGCAUACCAUGUGAGCAGUGGAUGCAUCAUAGGCGCAUAUACGACUAGGCAUGACUGCGUCGUCCACUGGGUUCUGAAAUCCAUCCUUCUGAACCUCAACGCUCCUCAAGAAAUCAUGGCAAACUUCCCAUUUGGCAAGGUCUCUUUCAAUCCUACCUUCGUGAUCGAGGGACGUAAGGUGGUAGUGCGAGCGGGAGGAAACAUCUACACGGAGAAGAGAAUCCACCACAACAAGCCGGAUAUUCUGGUAAGAUUCACCAACCCGGAAGUAAUCUUUAUUUUCGAGAUUGCAGUGGCUCACGUCCAGAACAUAAGGACCCAAGAAAAAAUAAAGAGGACCAGAUACACCGUGAAUGGGGUGGAGAGCAUCGACCACAGAAACCACGAAACAGUUGGCAGGGACCUCAACUUAGUCGCAGAGUUGGAGUCUCAAUACCAUUGCCCCGUCCAUCUGGGCAUAUUUGUGGUCGGCUGUUAUGGGGAAAUACUAAGAACUGAGGAGCACAAAAAUUUCGCAAGCCUUUUAACUCAAAUUGGUUUGACAAAUUUUGAAACAAGAUUAAUUAAUAAGUGUUCAUAUAGUGUAGCAGUCUCCACAACCAAUAUUUUGCUCAAACAUCUAAGCAUUUAA